GAAACUGAAGCGUCGCUUUUUAUUUACAUCCGAUGACAUUUCAAUCGAUUUCUUUUUGACAGGUUCUUUUCCGGUUUGAUUCUCAAACGUGUAAGUUCACAAUGAGGACAAUCAACUCGAACCAAACGGUAACCAUCCCGAAGGGUGUUUCGGCCAAGGUCCAUGCCCGUGUUGUGACGGUGUUCGGGCCACGCGGAAAGCUCAGCAAAAGCUUCCGGCAUCUCUCUAUGGACGUCUACAAGGUGUCCAAAAAGAAGCUAAUGGUUGAGAAGUGGUUCGGAUCCAAGAAGGAAAUCGCUGCCGUUCGUACCGUGUGUUCGCACAUCGAGAACAUGAUUAAGGGGGUGACGAAAGGAUUCCAGUACAAGAUGCGCGCUGUACAUGCUCAUUUCCCCAUCAAUUGUGUGAUUAGCGAAAACAACUCCCUGGUGGAAAUCCGUAAUUUCCUCGGUGAAAAGCACAUCCGUCGUGUGAAGAUGCAGCCCGGUGUUACUGUGGUGAACUCACAGAAACAGAAGGACGAACUGAUUUUGGAAGGUAACGACAUCGAAGCCGUUUCCCUGUCUGCCGCUCUCAUCCAACAGUCGACCACCGUCCGAAACAAGGAUAUCCGUAAGUUCUUGGAUGGAUUGUACGUUUCGGAGAAGACUACCGUAGUACAGGAAGAGGAAUAAGCCGGUGUAUGAUUAUUUUUUCUUGUAAAAUGCGAUGUGAAAAAAACGAAAGAAAAGAGUUUUCAAAAGGGAAGAA